ACCCCGAAACUUCCCUCUGUCUUUGCUGUCUUCACCACUUCACCUCAUCACCCAUUCGCCGCCAUCCGCAGGGCACAGGCGUCUCUCACCACGCCCUCGAGCCCACAUGGGCGACUUCCCCCAUUCCAUCCCGCCGACCGGCGGGCAGCAGCAGCAUUACCACAACAACGGAGGCCAAUUCAGCCCCUUCAGCUCGUUUGCGCCGCCGGCCUACUCCAGCCCAACCACGGGCGUGACCAAAGCAACUACCUCACAUGCAACCAGCACAUCCUCCGGGGUCUCGCAAUCCGAGCACUCGCCUCCACCCCCUCCCUCUCACCACAUCCCCCACGCCGUCUUCAUCAUCGUCCCAUUCGCCGUCGUCCUCCUCAUCCUCGCUCUCAUCAUCUUCCUCCGCUACCGCAAACGCAGGCAAAAUCAACAGAGCCAGCACCAACCCAAACCCCACUCGACCGAAAUGACGAGCAGCAGCAACAACAACACCAACACCAACACACGAGCAUACUACGCCCCGCCAACCAUGGACCUUCGCCCGCCUCACCGGGAAGCGCCGGUGAUCGUCGCAGAAGGCAACAACGCCUACCUGACCGGUCUGGACUCAUGUUCACAGCACUCGAGACGCAGCGAGGAGGAGAGCGCGUAUGCGCCGGCGCGGAGGAGUCUAGACGGCACGUUUGCGGAGCCGCCGCCGCCGUAUGGCGUUUCCGCGGCAGAAGGCCAACCGCCGAAUCCAUACAGCGUCGAGCAAGAUAUCUCCACAUUACCGCGGACGGGUAGCGUACGAUCCCCCUUUGAGGAUGUGCAGCUGGACGAGGAGGAUGAUGAGCUGUACGCCGAUGAGAUCCCGGUUUCGGAUGGCUUGCUAGGCUCUCAUCGAAAUCCGUUCGAUGAUCCGCCGAGUCCCGUGAGUGAAAUAGGGAGUCGGCCGAUGUUUGGGAGGAGGAACAGUGCGGUCAGCGAUUUAUGACCCGGGAAUGAUCUUGUCACAUCUACGUUCAGAGCAUAGCGAAAUGAAUGGAAAGUCUUGAACGCGACAGGUUGG